GAAAUAAGAGAGAGAGAAACUUAAAGAUAAAUAGUAGAGAUAGGGUUAAAGCAUUGACGACGAAAAAGGCUUCUUCGAUCUACACUUCUCUUCUCUCCUCUCUCUCUCUCUCUCUCUCUCGCAGGCAAGGUUGGUAAUGGCGGAAUCAUCCAAAGUCAUUCAUGUUCGUAAUGUCGGACAUGAGAUUUCUGAAAAUGACUUGCUUCAGCUUUUCCAACCAUUUGGUGUCAUAACUAAGCUCGUCAUGCUCAGGGCAAAGAAUCAGGCUCUUCUCCAGAUGCAAGAUGUUUCUUCAGCAAUCACUGCUCUUCAGUUCUUCACUAAUGUGCAGCCAACCAUAAGAGGUAGGAAUGUGUAUAUCCAAUUCUCGUCCCACCAAGAAUUGACAACAGCCGAGCAGAAUAUUCAUGGACGUGAAGAUGAGCCGAAUCGUAUUCUCUUGGUCACAGUCCAUCACAUGCUGUAUCCAAUUACCGUUGACGUCCUGCAUCAAGUUUUUUCUCCUUAUGGAUUUGUGGAGAAGAUCGUCACUUUCCAGAAGUCUGCUGGUUUUCAAGCUCUUAUACAGUAUCAGGCACAACCGUGUGCUGCCUCUGCUAGAACUUCUCUACAGGGUCGUAACAUAUAUGACGGGUGUUGUCAGUUGGAUAUCCAGUUCUCAAACCUUGAGGAGCUGCAAGUAAAUUACAACAACGAUCGAUCUAGGUAUUCAUUUUGUUCUUUGCGGUUUGAUGUCAUCUUGUUGUUCAUGUUAACUGAUUUCAUGUGGCCUUUGAAUAGGGAUUAUACAAAUCCAAACCUGCCAUCAGAGCAAAAAGGCCGUUUACCUCACCCUGGCUACGGUGAUGCAGGAGUGGCAUAUCCCCAGAUGGCAAACACAUCUGCGAUUGCAGCUGCCUUUGGCGGUGGCUUGCCUCCGGGUAUAACUGGCACAAAUGAUAGGUGUACAAUCCUUGUCUCUAAUCUUAAUACUGAUAGUGUUGAUGAGGAUAAGCUGUUCAAUCUGUUUUCUCUUUACGGGAACAUUGUGAGGAUAAAGCUUCUUCGAAACAAACCUGACCAUGCCCUUGUCCAAAUGGGAGAUGGUUUCCAGGCUGAGCUUGCAGUACAUUUCCUUAAGGGAGCGAUGCUGUUUGGUAAGCGGCUAGAGGUAAACUACUCUAAGCAUCCAAAUAUUACACCAGGGACAGACUCGCAUGAUUAUGUAAACUCGAACCUGAACCGCUUCAACCGCAAUGCUGCAAAAAACUACCGCUAUUGCUGCUCCCCUACCAAGAUGAUUCACUUGUCCACUCUUCCGCAAGACGUGACAGAGGAAGAAGUGGUGAACCAUGUCCAAGAGCACGGGGCGAUACUGAACACAAAAGUGUUUGAGAUGAACGGGAAAAAGCAAGCUCUGGUGCAGUUUGAGAACGAGGAGGAAGCUGCGGAAGCACUGGUUUGCAAGCACGCGACCUCUCUAGGCGGAUCAAUUAUCAGAAUCUCCUUCUCUCAGCUACAGACAAUUUAAAGUCGACAAAGGCCUCUCUCUCUUUUCUCUCUCUCUCACCUCUAAUAACAUUUGGGUAUGGUGAGGAUGAUCAAUGUGUGUUUCUUUAACUCAAAUAUCUCUGCUACUUGUUUGGACUUUUCUGCACUCUUUUUAAACUUGGUCCCUUGGUUUAAAUUUGUUUGUGUUGAUUUAAUGGUAAUAAACAUUUAAUGGUUAUCUUUAUUAUGA